UGUAUUGUAGUAAAGAGUGGCCGGUAUCAAGCACAGAAAAGUUCAUAAACCAAAAAUUCGCAGCGAUAAGAAAAAUAGGUACAAUUCGUACCUGUAGUGCGCAGUUUAGUCAGUGUUACCGUAAGUGAAAAAACAGUAAUUAGUUCGUUAUUAUCAAAACCUCACGUGUGUGCUAACCGAACGAACGAGCGUUCAUAAGCCCGCAUCAGCGCUAUUAUGCAUCCAGCUUUCGAAAACGCCGGUACCAGCAAAGGCCUGGAGGUGUGGAGAAUUGAGAAUUUCGAACCUGUUCCAGUGCCGAAGAAAACAUACGGGAAAUUCUACACCGGAGAUUCCUAUAUCGUUCUGAAUACGAAACAAUCUAAAAGCGGUGUUUUCUCUUGGGAUAUUCAUUUUUGGCUUGGUUUGGAAACUAGCCAGGAUGAGGCCGGUUCCGCCGCCAUCCUCAGCGUUCAGCUGGACGACCGGCACAACGGUGCUCCAGUGCAGCAUCGCGAGGUCCAGGAUCACGAAUCUAGUCUGUUUCUCAGUUACUUCCCGGGAGGGGUUCGCUAUGCCGAGGGUGGCGUCAAGAGCGGCUUCAACGAGGUGGAAACCAAUGCAGCCGGCGAAAAACGGCUGUUCCACGUCAAAGGUUCCAAGAACGUCCGUGUGCGACAGGUUGCGCUCGGAGUUGCGUCCAUGAAUAAAGGCGAUUGUUUCAUCUUGGAUGCGGGCCACGAUAUUUACGUCUAUGUGGGACCAAGGUCUAAACGGGUGGAAAAGAUAAAGGCUAUUAGCGCUGCCAGUCAGAUCCGCGAUCAAGAUCAUGCUGGUCGGGCCAAUGUUUAUAUACUUGAUGAAUUCGCAAGCACGGGAGACCAGCAGGAAUUCUUCGACGUUCUCGGCGAAGGUUCCCCGGAUGCGGUUGCAGACGAAUCAGAGUGCGACGAGACUUAUGAGGAAAAUGUUGCGACAACCAUAACCUUGUACAGAGUUUCCGAUGCUGGCGGAAGCCUCGAAAUUAUUCCGGUUGGUGAGCGCCCUUUGAAGCAAAGCAUGUUGGAUUCAGAUCAGGACUGCUUUAUACUGGACACCGGAUCGUCGGGAAUAUUUGUAUGGGUUGGUAAGGGAGCAACAGCUCAGGAAAGAGCGCAGUCGAUGAUCAAAGCUCAGGAGUUUAUCUCCAGCAAGGGAUAUCCGGUUCACACUCAAGUACAUCGGGUCAUUGAGAAUGGAGAGCGGACUGACUUCAAGCAGUACUUUGCCAGCUGGAAAGACAAGGGAGUCGGUCAUAGUCAACUCAUUAAAGCUGCAAUGGAUGAAGACAGCUCGGAAGCGGGAGAGGAAAGAGAGUUUGAUCCGGAAAUCUUGCACAUGUUCAAAAAGAAUGGUGGACGAGCAUUGGGCUUCAUGCCAGACAAUGGCCAAGGUGAGGCAGAAAUUUGGCGUGUUGAAAACUUCGAAUUGGUCCCUGUGGACCCGCAAGCUUACGGAAUGUUCUUCGGUGGGGAUUCCUACGUUAUCAAAUACGAAUACCGCAACAAGCGAGGUGGUCAUGGAUAUAUCAUUUACUUCUGGCAAGGUAAGGAGUCAACUACGGAUGAGAAAGCGUCCGCAGCCAUGCACGCUGUUCGCUUGGAUAACGAACUCAACGGAAAGGCGGUUCAGGUGCGGGUUACUCAAGGAAACGAACCGCGACAUUUCCUGAAAAUCUUCAAAGGAAAACUAAUCAAUUUCACCGGAGGGCAUGCGUCCGGGUUCCGCAACAUCCAUGAUCAUGACACUUACGAUGUGGACGGAACACGUUUAUUCCGAAUUCGAGGAACCUGCUCCGAUGACGUCCGAGCUGAUCAGCUUCCGGAAACAGCCAGCUCGCUCGCCUCGGAUGAUGUGUUCAUCCUUGAAACGCCUUCCGCAACCUUCAUGUGGCAUGGCGUUGGGGCUUCCGAUCUUGAAAAAGAAAUGGCCACGAACAUUGUACGCAUUGUUUCUCCGGAUGCAGAACCUCAAAUCAUUGAUGAAGGCUCCGAACCAGAUGAGUUCUGGGGCGCUUUGGGCGGUAAAGCGGACUAUGAUCGUGAGCUGGAUCCAACUGGAGCUCCAUUCUUGAAUCCACGUCUAUUUCACUGCCGAAUUCUAUUCAACAAACGUCUGCGCGUAGAGGAGGUUCCUCACUACGAGCAAGAUGAUCUCAACGUGGACGACGUCAUGGUGCUGGAUGGUGGAGAUGAAAUCUACGUCUGGAUUGGCAACGGUGCCACCGAGGAAGAACGUGCCAAAUCGAUCGACAUGGCCAAGCAGUACAUUCGUACGGAUCCAUCCGAGCGCAAUGAGGACACUGUUCCGAUUGUGAUUCUGAAGCAGGGCGACGAACCGCGUAGCUUCAAACGUUUGUUCCCCUCGUGGGAUGACAACCACUGGGAGUCCCAGCCAUCUUACGAGACUCUCAGGCAGCAGGUGCUGGAGCAAAAUCAAUCACGCGCAUAAGGUGAACAAAUGGUAUAAAUCUAAACGCACAAGAUUAUGAAAUGCCACAUCUAAUACAAGUA